UCAAGUUUUAAAAAAAUGUUUAACUUUGACGAGACUCAUAGAAAGUAUUAAUGUUACUAUGAUGUGUUUGUUGUUUAUUUGCCUAAAAAUUCAUAUAUAAUUACUGAAUAAUGAAUGUGACAUAGAUCAUUGUAUAUAACGUUAUACAUGUGAGAGGGUGAAGUAUUAGCUAUGAACAGGUAUAGAUCAUUAAGUAUAGUUUUUAAUAUAAACACCCUAUCUCAACACCUCGAAAUGUAUGAUUUUUUAUUUACUUUUAACGCUCUAUGCUGAACAAGUACGCAUACAAACUAUCAUUUAUUCAACUAACCAGCGUAUUCAAUCAUAAACAAAAAAUAAAAUGAAUACGAUGGAAAAUUUGUACAAGAAAUGUAUUAUGGAUUUCAAUACCACAAGAGAUUACAAUUUUAAAUAUUGUGAUUGUGAAAUCAAUAAAUGCUAUCGACAUAGGGAAUUAUUGAGAGAUGUCUACCAUACCGGAAAAUAUAUCAACAUUUGGGCCGAUGCGGUGGUCGAAUAUUUCGUUAAUAAUGCAGAGUAUGAAAAAUAUGAGGCAAUUACUAACGAUUUAAUUGAACGCUCAUCGAUCGAUCUGGAGAUUUAUUUACGAGAAUUUUAUGAAAAGCUAUUCACCGUAAAGUCUGAUUAUGGGCAUAAACGUUGGUUUGAAGGUAGCAGUCAAAAGUUGAGGAGUAGAUUUAAAUAUCGUCGUAUGAUAGAUCUUGUUUGCAUGUACAACUUAAUUGUAUCACGUAAACAAGAUGAAUGUUAGCAUUAGCAUUGAAACUGGUUUUCAUUUGACGAUUCAUAUUAGACAUACUAUCGCACCCCAAUUACCUAUCUUAAUUUUAAUUUGGAUGGCGAGACUGUAGAUGAAUAUUCAGAGUGGUAUUUAUAAUUUGUAAAAAAUAAGUUUGUUUUGUUGUAAGUUUAUUAUUUUUUCUUUCAUAUUUUGUAUAUAAUAUUAAUAAUAAUAUACAUUAAGGCUAACAUAAUUAGCAAUUGCUUCUAGUGUUAUGCAUGUGACAGGAUAAAGUACAGGAGGAACAGGUAUAGAUCUUUAAACAUAGUUUUUUCAUAUAUAUAUAUUCUAUUUUACAUCAUGAAAUUUAACAAUU